UGAAGGUGCCAUCCAGUAGCCGUGCCUCACGUCACGGAGGGCCCUCAGUCAGAAAUCUUGACUUGCAACUUUGGAGGGUGGGUCUCCGAAAGAAUUUCCAGGCGCUCGCAGAGAUGAGUAGUGUUUCUCUCUGACGAGCAGGCGCCUGGCUGGCACGGCCGCCGGAGGCUGGCUCCCGCUCUCCACAGGCAAGGGGCAUCCUCUGUGCUCUGACCUUCCAGAAAGAAUGUUUCAGACGUUUAAAGAAUGGUUUUGGUUGGAAAGAUUCUGGCUUCCUCCACAAGUAAAGUGGUCCGACCUUGAAGAUCACGACGGACUCGUCUUUGUAAAACCCUCUCAUUUAUACAUAACAAUUCCAUGUGCUUUUGGCUUGCUGAUUAUCAGACAUUUCUUCGAAAAGUUUGUCGCUACACCUCUAGCAAAAGCAUUUGGCAUCAAAGAGGAAAUUCAAAAGGUUAUACCCAAUACCGUCUUAGAGAAUUUUUUCAAACAUUCCACCAGGCAUCCGUCUCAAACCGACAUUUAUGGACUGGCCAAGAAGUGUACCCUGACAGAACGCCAGGUUGAAAGAUGGUUUAGGAGGCGGCGGAAUCAAGACAGGCCUUGCAGGAUGAAGAAAUUCCGGGAAGCUUGCUGGCGAUUUGCAUUUUACUUAAUGAUCACUGUUGCUGGAAUUGCAUUUCUUUAUGAUAAACCUUGGCUGUAUGACCUCUGGCAGGUGUGGAAUGGCUAUCCAAGACAGUCCUUGCUCCCAUCCCAGUACUGGUAUUACGUUUUGGAGAUGAGUUUUUAUUGGUCUCUCUUAUUCAGCCUGGGCUCAGAUGUCAAAAGGAAGGAUUUUCUAGCUCAUGUCAUCCACCACCUGGCUGCCAUUAGUCUGAUGAGCUUCUCUUGGUGUGCUAAUUACAUCCGCAGUGGGACCCUCGUCAUGAUCGUGCACGACGUGGCCGACAUUUGGCUGGAGUCUGCUAAGAUGUUUUCUUACGCCGGAUGGAAGCAAACCUGCAACACCUUGUUUUUCAUCUUUUCCGCCAUAUUUCUCAUCAGCCGCCUUAUUAUUUUUCCCUUCUGGAUUUUACACUGCACGCUGGUUGUGCCUAUGCUGUACCUCGAGCCUUUCUUUUCAUACAUCUUCCUCAACCUACAGCUCAUAGUCCUGCAAAUCCUUCACCUGUACUGGGGUUACUUCAUCCUGAAGAUGCUCAAGAGAUGCAUAUUCUUAAAGAACAUCCAGGAUGUGAGAAGUGAUGAUGAGGACGAGUAUGAAGAGGAAGAGGAUGAGGAAGAGGAGAAGGAAGAUGCCACCAAAGGCAAAGGCAGAGACUGUUUGAAGAACGGCCUUGGGGCUGAUCGCCACCUCGUCCCCAACGGUCAGCACGGCCGUUAGCUUGAAGCCCCCGCCGCUCCUGGGGCACGUGUGUGGCAAAGGCUGCCGGAAGCUGCAGGGUCCCCCCACCCCCAUCCAUCACUGUGGCCCACAGGACUCACGGGGACCCCAGAUUCUGCCCUUGCUCUUUCUAACCACUGCCCUCCCCCGCCCACCCCCAAGAUGUAUUUAACAGAACGUUGUUGAAUUGUGUUAAAAUGUUAAAUAUAAGCAUUCCCAUGGAUUUUACUGCAUUUAGGACUCAAACUGGUCAGAGAUUUCAAAGAUUUCUCCAGAGAGCCGUUUCAGUUCUAAUUGUGUUCAUUCACUGGAGACAUUUGGCGUUUUCAGGAGCUCACUGUGUGGCAGGCCUUUUCUCCUUCCCACCUUGCCCAGCCUCAGGAUAGUUGGAGAAAUGCUAAGUUGACCCCCUUUUCCCAGGUGUGUUUGGCCACAAGAGAACAGAUCGUUUCCCAAGAAUGAAUUAGAGGUGGCGAUGAAACAGUGGCAGCAGGACCAAACCAGGAGACCAGGCUUCCAGGCCCAGGGGUCACUUUCUGCCCUGGGCAGUUUUUCUUAAACCUGCCAAGCCGUGGUGCUUCAUCUCUCCAGUGGGAAUAACAGUACCUGCUCUGCCUGCCCCACAGGGUUAUGUUAGGAUCAAAUGAGAUAACACAAGUGAAAGUGCGGUAUUGUCAACAACGACAGGGCGAUCGUCACCUGACCCUCUUUCCACUGUGAUUCCAGCUCUGUUUGAGAGAGAGAAACCUGCCUAAACUUGAAUGGGCCUGAACAAAAGACACUACCUUAAAAAAAUUCCUUUUAAAUGUGUCUGGAGAUACCUAGAAAUGCAAAUCCCCGUUUUAUUCGGUAACUACUUAUUCGUUAGCUCCCCAAGGGUAAUUCUCAAAUUCCCUGGCAAUGCUCCUCCCUCAGACCCAUGGCCAAGGGGAAGGAGUUGGGGCCCAGGCUUCUUUUCUGUUCUGUUUCUUAUUUUUCUCUUUUCUAGGAAGGGAACAGCCCUGCUGCUACCCUGAACCCUUCCUUCAGGCCCGCAGGGCUACCCCAGUGCCUUAGGGUCCAUCUGGGGGCUUUCUGGGGAGUGGGCGGGUUGCUCCCGGAGCCACGAUCUCCCAGGAAACCGGAGCCUCUGGGGGCAUGCUGUGGGCGUGAGCUCCUGACCAAAAGGAAAUCUUGGAAACAGAAAGAGGAUGCUACACUAUUUCAUCUCUGCUAUCCAACCCAGUCAGACUACAUAAUAGCAAAACAGCACAAAAGAAAGGCUGGAAAAGCCCGCUGAAACUGUCCAAGGUUAGGUGCUAGAGUCAGUGACAGCUCCUGGGGCCACCUGCCUCUCUGGGAGGGGGCCGGUGGGUCAGUAGCAGGCUCUCGGCCCCCCACAGGGGGCACAUCUCUGAGCCCAGCACGCAGGGCAGGCCUCGGAGUCAGACUCUCAGAGUCGAGUCGUCUUAGGUUUCUGCUGCCUGAGAGGCCUGGCCCAGGAAGAGGCUGAGCAGACCAGGCGGCCUCCCCUCCCCCAUCCCCGUCUCUUGGUCACAUUUUGUACUUUCGUCUUGUUUCACACAGGGACGUAUUAUAAAGCCAAGUGAGAGCUAGGAUUGUGGGGACCAGUAAAGCGUCCAGACAGGCCCCUGGAGCAGGAUGGCCACUGUACGCAGGAAAGGUAAUCGGAAUUCUUUGUUUUUUACUAAAAAGGUAUUUUUUCAAACCUUCAGGCUAAAUCAAAACCCCUUCAGAAUUCUUUCCCCAACAAAAUCUCCUAUUGAGGAAUUGUUAGAACAGAAACACGUGCGUCAAGUUUCUCUACAUCAUACUGUUUGCUUUUAUGUACAAUAACAUGUGCAUUAUAUGUAGAAUGUUCUAUUAUAAAUCUAAAAUGCCUCCACUCACAUUGGGCAUAGCUGUUGAAUUAUUAUUACUAUUUUAUUGUUAUUUUGGGGGUAGAAGAAAGCACACUAUUUCUUUUUUUAACGUUUCCAGUUAGCAGACUAUUUUUUCUUUGAUUUGUUUUGAUCUUGUCUCUGUAUCAAAUAUCUUCUUGCUUAAGGUAAAAAGAAAUUGUUUAAAAAAACUGUUUAUUUGCUGCCUUAUCCUCCAGUUCUUUUUUCUCAUUUGAACGUUGAAGGUAAAAUAUGCCAAUUUCAACGAUCUCUGAUGCAGGUGGAAGCACUAAACCACCUCCUAAGAGGUCAGUAUGCAUUUUUGUAACAUCCUUUACAAAAGGCUAUCGUGGUUAAUUUGAAAGGUAGCCUCUCUUUCUGUAAGAGCCAAGGGCUCUUCCUCUGCCAGGUGACUUUGUAACAUGCAGCCCACCGCGCCACCACUGUUACUGUCCUAGUAAUGACUUA